GUUGAUAUGAAUACUUUGUCUCAAUGGUACGAGUACAAUUAUCAAAUUAAAGAUGGCCCGAGACCUUUGCCGAGGCUGAUUAUUAUAAUUCAAGAUUUUGAAUGUUUUGUACCAGAAGUCUUGGAACAUUUUAUAUACUCGUGCAGUCAUUAUCGAGAUAGAAUUCCAAUUGUGUUGAUGUUAGGAAUAACUACUUGUAUUCGUGGUAUCGACCCACUUCGUGAAAACUAUUCAUAUUCUGUGGUGCGCCUGUUAAAACCAGAAGCGUUUUAUUUGCGGACGCAAAAAGCCCGUUGCGAUGAUCUUGUAUCACAAUGUAUGAUAGAAGAUGCACAAUGUACAAAAGUCGGUGAAAAAGCAUACGAGUUUCUGCUUGAUAUGUUUAUUGGAAGAAAGUUUUCGUUGUCAUUAUUUGUAUCAAGUUUGAAGUAUGCAUUGAUGCAUUAUUUUUAUACAAAUCCAUUGAGUAUAUUGGCAACUAUUGAACCAGAGGAAAUUUAUUCGAGGCUUGAUUUGCUAAACGAAAACCAUGUAGAAAUGAUACGAAUGCAAAUUUCAUUCAGAGAGUACGUGGAGUCCAAACUUCAUCAGCCAGCAGAAGCGCGUCGGUUAUUGUGCGAUGAUUACUACGUAAAAUCACUUUUACCCACUUUCAGUCAAAAUAUAGCAACAUAUCAUCAAAGAUUUGCUAUUGCUUUAGAAUUUAUCAUUUUUCUCCAGGAUUUUUUGGAUUAUGAUGCAAAAAAGCUAAAAUCGAAAUAUGAGCUAUAUUCCAUUGCAUUAAAAAAGCCUGGACUCGGUGAAAAUGAUUAUAUCCAAACAUUAUUGGAUGAUUUAAUAAAGAUAGAUCCAAAAAAAAUUGGAGAGUUACUUCAAAUCUUUAUUUCUUUACUUAAAACUGUACUUAACCAUGUGGAAAAUAUUGAACAAGAGUACGAAGAUUUUUGCCACUUUUUGGUUCGGUCAAAAGAGAUUGAGAACGAUUUAACUCGACCUUCCGCGUCGACUCGUUCUUCAGUAACGAAAAUGAAAAAUAAAGAAUCCGCUAUUUUACAAAAGAUCGAAAAGAUUGGUGACGAUUACAAAAAAUUGGUUAUAGAUGUUACAAAUUAUUUGGCAAUAUUCUUUGAUGAAAACUUACGACAUUAUUCCACCAAUGCUCUAUUCGAAAUUUUUUAUUACCAGGAAGAUAUAUCCAUUCUUGAAUGCGCAUUCAUCCCAAAAUUACGAUCAGCAAUUCAUACUGCUCUCGGACUUACUACCGAAUAUAUAAAUUGUAAUUGUUGUAUGGACGAUGAAAGUAAUGACAAGGAUGAUGUCGAUUGGGAUUCUAGAGAGCAAAUUCUAUCAACACAUAAUGAUACAUCUAUUUUGUACAAAUUACAUUUACAAUGCGGUAAAUUGAUUAACGUUCGAGAUUGGCUGGAUUCUUUUGAAAAUGUAAUAGCUAAAGAAAAUUUAGAAAAUAGAAAGCUUAAUGAAAAGGAGGUUGUAGCAAGAUUUAUAAAAGGAUUUGAAGAACUUAAAUUAAUUGGGAUAAUCGGAUCUACGAGCAGAAAGACAGAUCAUUUUAAAAGACUCUCAUGGGGCAAAUUGUGA